AUGGCUAAUAGAGACUUGGAAAGCCUUUAUGACUAUGAUUAUGAAGAAGAGGACGAUGAGCCAUACCUUUAUUCACCAGCACCUGAGUAUGAUGAUGUUGCGAAUGAUCGAAUGACCGUAGAGACUGAAGAAGUCAGUCUCCCACACCGUCUUGAAGACACAGAGUACCCAGUGACGCCGCAGUCGGUUCCAUUCUAUGGGGGCACAACUAACAGAGCGGCGUAUACUUGGAAAGUGCCACACGGAAGGGAGAAAAGAGAAACAGCAGAAUCUGAGGUCGGCGAGGCUCAAAAAAUCCCAUUUUAUUCCGAAACCACGCAUCGCAGCCAAUAUCAACCAUUCGAUGCAUCCGUCGCGAGGACACGCCUCUCCAGAAAAACUUCGGCUCUUCCCACUGAGAAGAGCGAAAAUCUCCUUGACGGUUUGGAAGAAGGAGCUGUUCUCCAAAAGUUCUGGGAUAACAGAAACGGUCGCAAUGUAGAUGAAUCCUCCGGCAGUGAAUGGAAGUACCCAGGAGCUUGCAGCGGCGUCGGCAAGAGCAUCAGCGUCAGAAGCGAGGAGGGAGAUGACGCAUCCAGAGAGGGCACCCAAAGCGGUGACGAGUUGGAUGAGCAUAGCCUUCUUUUUAGAGUAUCCGGAUUGAAUGAGAAUCGCGAAAUCUCCAAUCUCGUGUGGGACUUCAUGGACAAGAACGGUGACCAUUGUGACGACUCCAACAGUGGUUCCAGCGAUGAAUGA